UGACGCUGACCCCAUUGAUUUGUGCGGCGUGGUCAGUUCAUGUUGUUAAUCCAUUUUGACUGAAAACCUGCAAAAAUGGUGGAUGCUUUCUGCGCUACAUGGAAACUGCUGGACAGUCAGAAUUUUGAUGAGUACAUGAAAGCGCUCGGUGAGUCAUUUAUUUCAAGUUUGUGCAUCUUCUCUGGUGAAUUUUUUUUUUUGCAUCUCCAAAAUCUAUUCCCACUAGGUGUGGGCUUUGCCACAAGACAAGUGGGCAACGUGACCAAACCUACAGUGAUCAUCAGCCAGGAUGGGGAUAAAGUGAUCGUGAAGACCCAGAGCACCUUCCGCAACACCGAGCUCAGCGCCAAACUGGGGGAGGAGUUUGACGAGAUCACGCCCGAUGACCGAAAAGUCAAAUCCACCUUCACCAUGGAAGGGGACAAAUUUGUGCAAGUGCAAAAGUGGGACGGCAAAGAGACCAAAUUUGUCCGAGAGCUCAAGGAUGGGAAGAUGGUGAUGACUUUGACGUUUGAUGGCGUCCAGGCUGUGCGAACGUAUGAGAAAGCCUAAUUUUCUAAUAUUUUAUUCGCAAGGAAUACUUUGCUAUUUUUAUGUUAUCGUCUGUCCUUCUACUGAUAUUUUUAACCUGUUAGACAGGAGCGUGAAAUAUUUGCGCUUCUGUUUUUAAGUUGAAGAAAAUGUUUAACAUGCAAACAUUUAAUAAAGCAAACAUUUGAUGGUUGAAUAA